UUCGAAUAACCAAGAUCAGAAUGUUGUCUUUAGGAGCAUUUUAUCGGGUUGCAAGUCAGGCUGCAACUGCCACAAGACUCGGACCUUUGAUGAGCUCCCUGUGGCUGCGGGAACAGAAGACAAUGCACGAUGUGGACAAGUGUGGAGUGCCGCCCAAACAGGGUUAUUCCCCCUUUGGCAGGGACCAAAUUGGUUGGACUGAGUGGUCGCUGUGUCGAUUGGAUGAUCUAUUGAAUUGGGGUCGCAAGGGCUCCUUGUGGCCCAUGACCUUUGGCCUCGCAUGUUGUGCUGUGGAAAUGAUGCACAUUGCAGCGCCACGUUACGAUAUGGAUCGCUUUGGAGUUGUCUUUCGAGCGUCUCCUAGGCAAACCGAUCUCUUGAUUGUCGCUGGAACAUUGACCAACAAAAUGGCACCAGCUCUACGUAAGGUCUAUGAUCAGAUGCCCGAACCACGCUGGGUUAUAUCCAUGGGCAGUUGUGCCAACGGCGGUGGUUAUUAUCAUUACUCCUAUUCGGUGGUGCGCGGUUGUGAUCGGAUUAUUCCAGUCGAUGUCUAUGUGCCGGGUUGUCCUCCCACUGCCGAGGCCUUAAUGUAUGCCAUUCUACAGAUCCAGAAGAAAAUAAAGCGCAUGAGAACUCUACAGAUGUGGUACAGGAAAUAAACAUGGAAUUCGCUUUCUUAAUUCUGUAUUAAAACUAAAAUAAAACGUG